AGAAUACAAAAUGAUUUAAACGAAGGAAGAAGAAGAAGAAGAAGAAAGUGAGACGAUAGAGGAGAAAAGGGGAAAGUAAGAGGGGGAGAGAGAGAAAUACCGAGGCACAGAGGAGAGAGAAGGUCGUUGGUUUACUUCGAAGAUGAUCGGUGGUCCGUCUGGUUUCAACAAUGCUCCAGUCACAAGAACAUUUGUUAUUGCUUGUGCCCUCUUCACGAUCGUCUUUGGGAUCCAAGGUCGUUCAAGCAAGCUUGGGCUAUCAUAUCAGGAUAUUUUCAUAAAGCUUCGACUUUGGAAGUUAAUCGCGUCUGUCUUUGCGUUUUCAUCUACACCAGAACUGAUGUUUGGACUAUAUCUGCUGUACUACUUCCGUGUAUUUGAGAGACAGAUAGGUUCCAACAAAUACUCAGUGUUCAUCUUAUUCUCUGCUAUCAUGUCUCUACUGUUUGAGGUCAUUGCCCUAGCUCUCCUUAAAGAUCCCUUAUUGAAUACGCUCACCUCUGGUCCCUAUGGUCUUAUUUUUUCUUCAUUCAUACCUUUUUACCUCGAUAUUCCAGUUUCAACUCGGUUUCGUGUAUUUGGCCUUCACUUCUCUGACAAAUCUUUCAUAUAUUUAGCUGGUCUUCAGCUCCUUUUGUCAUCCUGGAAAAGAUCUAUUUUACCAGGGAUAUGUGGCAUCCUUGCUGGUUCUUUGUAUCGUUUAAAUGUGUUUCGCGUUCGCAGGAUGAAGUUUCCAGAUGUUAUUGCCUCAUUCUUUUUGCGGCUUUGUUGGCCAUCCAUGGGUAACACACCACCUUCAGCAACAAGUAGAAGUGUUCUGGGAAAUGUGCCAUCUUAUGCAGGUCGCCAAGUGGAGCGAAACUACGCUGCUCCCAUGUCUUCUACCACUGAGCCACCGGAGGACUCUAUUGCUACGCUAGUUUCAAUGGGUUUUGACAGAAACCAUGCCAGACAAGCGCUUAUGCAGGCCAGAAAUGAUAUGAACACAGCCACUAACAUCCUUCUUGAAGCACAGUCUCACUAAGUGAAAUGAAAAUUCUUGAUUUGAAAUGUGAAACCUGGAUCUGGAAUCAAAAGAUUGAAUCCUAUCAAUGGCUGGAGAUAAUUGUGAAACAAAUAUGUCCAUUUUCCAGUACCAGAUUGGUCAGUUGCACGCAGGUACGGUCGAGACAUUCAUGCUAUCCAUCUUCAGAAGUUUGACUCUCUUCUUUUUGUCUCCAAUUGUCUCGGAUAGUAAAUAUCAGUUUCAAGAGCUGCACAUUAAUACUAUCCUUGAAAUUAGAGUGUAAGUUGUUUAGACUACAUUAACAUGCAUGUCUUCUUUCACAAGGUUCAGAUAUAUAUAUAUAUAUAUAUAUAUGGUUGUACUUUCAAGCAUGCAGGCUCUCGGGCAUAUUCGUACUGAUAAAUGUAUCCAUAACCUUCUCCCUCGAAGUGGAUUGUAUUUGUUCCCUAUUGGGUUCUCCGCGUAAAUUUGGUGGAUUAAUGUGCGACUGAUCUAAAUUUGCUUUC